AUGGCGCUGUUGGCUACCGUCAAGGAGACGGGCGUCAAUGACGUCGGAUUGUUGACAUUCUACAAGACGUUCUUUCAACGAUAUCCCGUCUAUCAGGAUGAAAAGUGGCAACUCUACCAUGCCAUGGGAGGACGCAAAGUGGGACCCUUCAAGUUGAUGUACAAACUGAUCAAAGCUCAAGGACGCUAUUUCAAAAAGGGAUUUUGGCACAGUCCCCGCAAUGUCAAGGUACUCCGGUCGCCGUGGAUGACGGGUGGGGUCCUCGUGUUCAACAAAAAGGGAGAGCUCACGUAUGCACUGGAAGAAAGUGUCGGCAAACCCUUUGAUAUGGAACGACUUCAAGCAGCAAUCGAAGAAACACGCGAUCAACAACGGACCAGUAGCCGAAAGAGCCACAGUUCCAAAUCGUCCUCCGAGGAAAUACCUGCUGCCAUUUCAGAACAAUAUCAUCAUGGCGAUGGCUUUCAAUAG